UUGAGGUUUGCCGAGGAAGGGUCACUCUCACAGUGUCAACGCGCAGUAAACACACAGUUGGGGAUUACCUUCGUGCUCAUAUAUAUAUAUAUAUAUUACUUUGUGUAAUACGAAAAAAUACAAAUGGAGAAAUUUGUUCGGGAUUGUUCAUCCGAUUUACAGCGUAGUAAGCGUAGUGCCUCUGAAAUACAUGUGGUUCUUGGAAAUGAAGCAUGUGACCUGGAUUCCAUGGUGUCAGCAAUAGCCCUUGCCUGUUUUCUAGCCAAGACAACUAGGAAGACUGUUAUCCCAGUGUUAAACAUCCCACGCUCUGAGUUUGCUUUACGGACGGAAAACACAUAUUUUCUCAAUGAGAACCAGAUUUCAGAGGACUGGUUGAUUUUCAAAAAUGAAAUUGACCUCCACGAACUUCAUCAGUCUGGUCUGUUAACUUUGACACUAGUGGACCAUCAUGUGUUGCCUAGGAAGGACCAGAUCCUGGAGGAGGCAGUUGUGGAUGUGAUAGACCACCGCCCUUUGGAAAGGCUAAGCUCCCUCUCCUGUGGCCUUACAUCAGAGUUGGUGGGAUCCUGUGCUACUCUCAUAACAGAACGAAUAUUGAAGAAUGCACCAGAGGUGCUUGAUAAAAAGUUGGCAACACUGCUGUAUGGUACCAUUGUGCUAGACUGUGUAAAUAUGGCACCAGAAGCAGGAAAGGUCACUUUCAAGGACACAGAAUAUAUCUCCAAAUUAGAGGCAAAGUUUCCAGAUCUGCCUUCAAGACACCAACUCUUUGAGUCUCUGCAGAAAGCAAAAUUCAAUGUGUCAGGUCUUACUACAGAACAGAUGCUUCUGAAGGAUAUGAAGGUUCUAUCUGGAGGAAAUACCAGACUUGCUAUUAGUGUGGUCUACCUGAAACUUGAGGCCUUCCUGCAACGUCCCAAUGUUUGUCAGGAUCUUUGCGAGUUCUGUCACAAGUUCAAGUACAAUAUCCUGGUAGCUAUGACAAUAUCCUUUAAUGAAAAGAAUGAACCUUUCCGCCAAAUUGCUGUAUACAGCCAAAGUGGACAACUGAGAGAACAGUUAUGCCAAACAUUGGAGAAGGCCCAGAAUCCACAUCUUAACUUGUCAUCUUUUAGAUGUCCUCCUCCUGAAAUUAGAGCGUACCUACAAGGCAACACUUUAGCAUCUCGUAAAAAAGUCCUUCCAAUUAUUAAAGAUUUUCUUAAUAACCUUGACUGUAAGGAAGGAGCAGUCUGUGCUGAAAAUGGAGAAUGUGAGCUGGAAGAUCAAGGUGAGCAGUUUGAACGUUUUGAUCCUGCAUGCAGUGUUUUGUAUGAAGAGGAGCCACAGUCCCGAUGUAGCUCUGUGUUACAGUCCAGACACCAGGUAACUGAGGACCUUGCAGUUGAAGAGGAUGUCCGCCUGCCGCCUACUCCUAUGAACAGCCUGGUGGAGGGCUGCCCCCUAGAUGGUGGCCUCCCCAAACUGACUGCAGAGGACUUGCUUGAAAAAUUUGGACAAAUAGCUGAUGAGGAAGAUAUGGAAGAAAGCAACUUAAAUAUGAGACAUUAAAGAAAAUGAAAAUAUUUGCUUGUGCACUAUUUUCUCUAACUGUUUAAAUUAAGCCUUGUUUAAUUUUCUAGUUACAGCAACAAUAACAGAACAGGGAUUUAUGAAUAAAUAACACUGUGUUAUGGUAAGUCAGGGUUGGUCUGGACAUUCUCUCACUCUCCACUUUACAACAAUUUCUUUUUCUUUCUGUUUGAUAGCAAUAUUUUCAGAUCUAUGCACUGGGCUUGUGGAAACAAUUUACUGUGUCAUACAAUAACUUAUCAUUAUUAAUAUGAACCGGUAGGUAUUUGGUUAAAAGUCCACGUGUAACACUUGUUUUCAUUAAGCGCACAAUCCAGUCACAUCCACAGUUCAAAAUUAACUGCACAUUGUAGAUUUGUCCAAUUCUCCUUCCUGCAUUGGUAUAAGAUACUAGAGGCCAGUCACUGUUUUGAGACCUCCUACUAUAGAUUUGUGUAUAGAUUUCACACAUUAACUGCAUAUUAUGUAUUUAAAGGCAGGAAUUAAACCACAAUUGUUGUGUUAAAUGACCCUACAUUUAAUGGAAUGCCCAAUUUAAUUUGCUUGAAAGUUAUUUUGUUUAGUGCCUUAUGCAUUCAUAUUUCAUGCAUUUUUCACUUAUUCCAAAUGCAGUAUUGGCCAAGGUACUGGUAGUGAUUUUGCAGUUUCCAGUGUAAUGUAAUUGUCAUAACAAGUUUUGUACAUAAUCGUCAUACUUAUAUUAGAUUGAAGACUGACUGAAGGAGAGAUAGGGAUAGAGUUAAAGUAAGCAAGUGUGUGACAUAAAAUUAAGGAGAAUGGCAAAAGGGAAAGCAAAUUAUAUAAUAAGAGACCCCUAUUCAGGCAUGUUUCAUCAGUGGCCAAAAUACUACCGGACAAUCAACAUAUUUUUUAUGUGUUUCACACAGGCAAAUCACCUAGAGAUAAUCUGGUUGGCCAGUCCAUAGCAGAGAAGAAAAAUUAGCUAAUUCCAGUCACUGUACAAUCGUUGCAUCUUUUCUAGCAUAGUGAGCUGUUGCAGAGCAUCUGGCAAUGUUUAUCUUCCGCCAAGGCCCUGUUAUUUUAAUUUGUGUAAGUAAAGUUUGAAUAUUAUUUUACUCCAUUUUAGAAUAUAUGCAGGUUUUGCUUUUAAUUCUGAUUCAUAAUUAUAAUAACUUAGUUGUCAUUUUUUCUGUGAUUGGUACACACUUUUUAUUUUAAUUGAUUUUGUUCAACUUGAUUAAAUGCCAAUGAAAAGUUAAAUUUACAAGGAAUUCUUUAGUUGCUGAUUUUCAUUUUGAAUGCCUUGCCACCAUCAGCACGUUUCAACCAAUAAAUAAUUGAAAACAAUUUUACAAGUACUGAAAUCACCGUCAGGUUUUAGUCCUAGAGUAUCACUUUUUUGUAUGGCAAAUCCCAUUGGUUAAGACAUGAGAUCUUAGUGGAGACUUGGCUGUCAACUCCUAUAGUUUCAUCAGCUCUUUAUUAUCAAAAUUAGGUAAAAAUAAGAAACUAUUAAGUGUGAUACUAAUUUUUAAAAAGGUAAACCUCUAGUUAAAAAAGUGUAUCCAGCUCUAACUAUAAACCCCUAAGCCUCUUUCAACCAAUAUUUGUUUUAUUUACCCUUUUUUCUGUUAGUUCUGUCUUAGUUUUCAAACAGAAUAUAACUUAUUUCUCACUUUGUUUUCUGUUGACUUAAUCAUCUCCACCUGAUCACAGUGAACCUUUAAAACCGAAAUAUAAAACAUUUCAUAGAGCAAAGUAUAUGUUAAUUUAGAAAAGAACUUUUCCAUUUUAAAGUUUGCUAAAAUAUGGGUGAUGUGGUACCAUACCAUUUACCAAAGGUGCCUAGUUCAUUUCCACCCUUUUUUGAAUCUGUUUUAAGAGUUGUGUGAGAUCAGAGCAUAUCCCAGCAGCAUCAGUCGCAAAGCUAGACAAGGUGCCAGUUCAUCUCAGGACACUGUUACACUCAAACAUAUUGCUGGAAUGAACUUUGUAUGAACACUGCCAUUCUUUUGUGUUCCUUCAGGCUUUCUGAUGCCUCUAAUGUUUGUCCAAAAGUCCGGACAGCAUACUUCUAGUUUUUUGUCAAGGCUGAAUUGCCCCGUUAUGUUUAUGUGGACACUGUGUAAUGAAUUAGAUAUUCUGCUUAAGGACAGAUUCUUCCUUAUGCUUAUUGGUUCAAAGCUGCAGACUGAAUUUACCAUGACUCCAAGUGGAUUAACAGCUUUAAAAACAUGAUUUGGUACAUAGUAGCAUUUUAAAAAGCUAUGUCUUGAAAAUAAUUAUGAAUAUUUCAUUAUCUAUGUUUACUUUAAAUGUUUUACUAUCUAUGCUUGCUUUUUUGAAUGCUUGUUAUGAAAGGGAUGUUUUAUGAGUGCUGCUACAAUCUCUUCAGAUCUUACUUUAAAACAAUGCCUGUAUUUAUAGAAUGGCUUGUCAUCUAAUUCACUGCUGAGUCAUUUGCAGCAGUAAUGAUGGCUUCCUCUAAAAACUAGUUCACUGAAUAAUUUAUGACAUACUCUUGUUUAUAGUCUGAAGGAUUAUUACUACUGCAGUUUGUUCAGCUUGUUGUGCUUUAUCAAAAAAAGCACUUGCAGCUUCAUAACAUAUAUAUUUAUUUAGCAAGGCUGUGCUGCCUUUGUAGAAUGAUGCUUACUUGAUUGGCGAAGUGAAGGUGAUGCAUUUACAGUAUGAAAGUGGAUGGGAGCACAGCAAUUAUAUUGGAGGUGUCCUGUGCCACCCAAAGCACUUAUUGAAAAAGCUGAUUGAUAGUGGCUUUACAGCCCUCUAGUGGUGGGAAAAUUAAUACCUCUUUUGUAUCACUGUCACAAAUGUAAAUGUGUUUGCAUGUCUUUUUCUCUAGCUCUUUUAGCACAAAUUAAGGACAUUUCAUUGAAGACUUUAAAAGCUAGGAAUCCUAGUUUCAAGCAUGCCAUUACUGAAACUUGAUGAACAGUGUUUUUUACUGCCAAAUACCCAAUAAAAUGUGUUGAAUAUUGAUAUGGUAGAAUUUUAAUAUAUAACUGUUUUUUCUAUAGAAAGUUAUUUCUGUUGGUUUCAUGAACAGAACUGAGUAAAGCUAAAACCAGCUCUGUUGCAGGUACGUUUUUAAUGCUAACAGAAAUGUCUGUGCAUAGAUAUGUCUAUUUAUCUUCCUAAAAAUACAAUUUUAUUAGUCAUAAAAAUGUAAAACCUAAAUGUAAUGAAUAUUCUAGAAAAUACCUCAUAUUGCAUGUUAAUUUAUUUUUGUUGUUUGGAAGAUUAUUAUAGCAUAUACUGUGGGGAAAAAAAAAACUGGUACCUUGAUUGGUCCAUUCGUUAUAUGCUUAAUAGUGUUAAUAAAAUUUUUAUGAUUGAAUUUCAA